AAGGCCGUCAGUAGAAGGGCAGCAGUCGAGCUGUUCACAACGUUUUUUGUUUCCUCUCUGUUUUUAUUAUUCGUUUCACUAAGUUAUUGAAACUCGGAUUUUUGAGGCCAAUAGCAGACGAUUAUUAUUCAAAUACUCGCCCUGUCAGUUUGUGUUGAGUUGUGCCAGUGUUUCGAGUGUUUUUUUUUUGGUGAGUGAAACCUGCCAAUUUGAGGAGAAAAAAAAAAGGGAAUUGCGGCUGCCAUGCAUUGAGAAAAGAAAAGAUAAAGAUUUGAAAAGCAGAGCUUAUCCCAGUGAUCCCCGACUAUCAAUUAAAAGUGAUUGAAUGACUGAUUCCAGAACACGAAGUGAGAAAGACUAACUUGGUCAAGUGUGAACCUAUUGGCCCUCUCCAUACGCUUUCAAUUCCAGAAAAUAAUCAAUCACAUAAUACAAAAAAUAUUACAAAAAAAAAGAAACAUUUAUUUUCCAAAGCUUAAAAAAAAAAUCCAAGGUCUUUUCAUCCUCUUUUUUUUUUAAUUCAAUUUUUUUUUGAUCGAUUUCAAUCGCCUCGUGUCUCGCUUGUUUUUCGUCUGCUGGGCGCCAAAUUGCAAUUGGUGUUUCCUCAUCAGUUGACCGUCACGGGCUACAAAAUCUUUUUGCCCAAAUAGAUUCCAAUCACAAAGAACGCAGUUACGGAAAAUCAGAACAACCAGAGCAGCUCGAUCUGAUUUUGAUAUUACGAGAUUGUUCAGAAACAGAUUGCGAAGCAGAGGGAAACAACCCUACUUCAAGACUGACGGUAGGCGUCGCAUCGAGCCAUGGAGUGCGUCGCGCGGAGACGCUGCAAUCGACGAGAUUUGCGAGCGGGCGGCUGUGCCGUCACAGCCCCGGCCGUUCUUCUACUAAUGACUGUCAUCAUGGUCCCCUUAGGAUCAGCACUCGACGCUAGUCAAUGUGUCGGCGCCCUGGGCAUGGAAUCGGGAUCCAUUCGUGACGAGGACAUAGCCGCCAGCUCUUCGUUCGACGGUGCCAGCGUCGGCCCGCAAAACGCCAGGGUGCGCGUGGAGAGAAAUGGAGGAGCGUGGUGUCCUCGCCAACAGGCCACUCAUCAGCCUCGUGACUGGCUCGAGAUCGAUUUGAAAACGGACCACGUCAUCACGGCCGUCGAGACCCAAGGACGAUUCGGCAACGGCCAAGGGCAGGAAUUUGCUGAACAUUUUCUGCUUGAAUACUGGAGGGAAUCGCUGGCCAAAUGGGUCCGUUACAAGGACACCAAAAGCGAAGAGGUAAUCGCAGGAAAUACAAACACGUACGUGGCGGAGAAGCGUGAAUUGGAUCCGGUGUUGAUCGCCCGCAAGUUGCGAUUUUUCCCGUACAGUCAUCACAGGCGAACGGUUUGCAUGCGAGUCGAGAUUUAUGGCUGCCCUUGGUCUGAGGGUAUUGCCAGCUAUCUGAUGCCGCAGGGAGAUCAGCGAGGAGCCGGUUGGCAAUUCUACGAUGCCUCUUACGACGGCAUCUGGGACGGCUCUUUACUGCGCCAAGGACUCGGCCAGUUGACAGACGGCAAACUCGGUCCCGACAAUUUCAAAGCCAGUUAUUACGACCAAGAUCGAGGUUGGGUCGGAUGGCGUAACGACUCGCGCAACGGACAGCCCGUCGAGAUCGUUUUCGAGUUCGAUACGGUGCGCGAUUUCACGUCGCUGAGUAUCUUCGCCAAUAACCAGUUCACCAAAGAUGUUCAGAUCUUCUCUGAGAUGCAAGUGCAUUUCAGCGUCGGAGGACAAGUGUACCCGGGUGAGCCAAUCAUCUACCGACCUCCCGAGGAUCGCAUAUUUGAGAAUUCACGCAACAUCAGUAUUAAGCUGCACCACCGAGUCGGACGCUACGUCAAACUGCGUUUGUCUUUCCCGGCUCCUCCGGCUCGCUGGAUUCUCAUCAGCGAGGUCUCUUUCCGCUCCGAAGUGGCCGCCAGAAAUUACACGACCGAAGUGGAUGGCAGUCCCGUCACUCCACCGGCCGCCCCUCCCAAUCCGCCCGUCUCCAAUUUGCCACUCCCGCCAACCGGUCACGAAGUCGGGAUCAACGCCGGCUCGUCGGAUCAAACCAACGAGACGAGCCCACCAACCAGAGAGAACCAAACGUACAUGGCAAUCAUCGUCGGUGUCUUGGUGGCCGUCAGUUUCCUGUUGGCGGCGGCCAUCUUCUUCAUGAUAAUGCGACGUCGUCAACGCAAGAGCCUCUCCGGCAGUCCGCUGCCGGACAAGGCAAAUUGGGCCUCUCAGGUCGGAAGUCAGCCCAGUCCCCGUCUGUUGGACGGGUCUGUCGGUGAGCAUCACGAGGAUCAAUUGUUGCAACACCAUCGCGGUAAAAUCUACAACAAGAACAACUCGCUGCCGUAUGGCAACAUUGGCGCCGACUUGUCGCGCUCGGACGCGGCCUCCCAGUACUUGUUGCCUCAUUCGCCGGCCAGUGCCCACUUGACGAGAACCGAGUACCAGGAAGCCUUAUCACGCCCUUCGCUUCUCGCCUUAUUACAGUUACAGUACUCUAUUGCUGGCCGGAACUGAAGGUGCACUGAAAAAGGCCAACACAUCCGCAGAUACGUACGACUACGCCGUGCCGGAUGUUAGCGGGAUUAGCAGCUGCAGCACUGCCCAUCAACCCCUACUAAUCCAGCCAUCUCUA